UGAGUCUGGCAGCAGGAGGCCGAAAGCACGGAGGGCUUCCCCUGCCAGGGCACACACCCUGUAAACUUUUGGGCAGCUCCAUGGAAACUUGCUCUGAGCGCUGCAGUCACGGAGCGGCGCAGACCGCGGCGGCGUUAGCCCGGCACAGGCACAGCGGGUGCCAGCUCGCCGGAGCGCAGGAGGCACCGGCAGCUCUCCUCCUCUGCCUGGGCUUUGGGGAGCCUUGGGCAGCAGAGCAGGCGAGGGCUGGAGCUGCCGGGCUGUGUCCUCUGGGGAAGAGGCACCGUGGCCGUUAUCCGCCGCGGUCAGGCUAACGCAAUCCGCCGGCGGCGGUGGUGGUGGAGGGGGAGGGUUGAGGAGAGGGCGGCGAGAGCCAGCUCCAGGCAAGGAGCUCCCAGUUGCGAGGCUUCCCCGGGUGUCUGCCCUGCUAAAUCAGCUGCCGGGAGGAUGAAUAAGUGCAUUCAGUGAAGUUACAGUAGGAAACUUGUCUGGGUGGACGCUGUGCCAUUGGCGCAGCGCAGAGCAGCCGGCGCUGGCGCUGAAUAUUGCAUUGAUCGCCGCUCCCGGGCUCGGCGGCAGCCGGGGGGGCUCCAUCGCAGCGGGAGCGCCGGCAGGAGAGGCAGGGUUUAGCUCGACGCUUUGCUGGGAAUCAGGAGCACCUUGGAUGUCUUAGAUGCCUGGGGAGAUCCGUGCGAGCCUGGAGGAAGCAUCCCGUGGACCCUCAGCCCCGCAGUGGACAGCAGUGUGGGGCCAGGCUGAACUGAGGCAGAGCUGGGAAUUAAAAGGUCCACAAUGCAUUUUCUAGCCUGGUUCAUCCUGCUGCUUCUCCUUCCCUGUUUUGGUACCACCAAAUCCUGCUUCCCUGGGUGCCACUGCGAAGUGGAAAGCUUUGGUCUCUUUGACAGCUUUAGCUUGACCAAGGUGGACUGCAGUGGAAUAGGCUCACAUAUUGUUCCUGUCCCCAUUCCUCUGGAUACCUCCUACUUGGAUCUAUCAUCAAACAGGCUGGAAACAAUCAACGAGUCCAUGCUGACUGGCCCUGGGUACACCACCUUGGUCAGUCUUGAUUUGAGCUACAACAAGAUUGCCAGGAUUUCCCCCACAACCUUCUCCAGGCUGCGCUACCUGGAGGCCCUGGAUCUGAGCCACAACUCCCUGGAGGUCCUCCCUGAGGAUUGCUUCUCCAGCUCUCCUUUGGGCGACCUGGACGUGAGCAACAACAAGCUGUCGAGUGUAGCUAUGGACGUCUUUGCUUCCAAAGGGCAAGGCAAGCCCCUCAGUGUGGAUCUAUCCAAUAAUAAGCUCACUGCCAUCACGAGGCACCGUGACAAGAGCACCCCCAACAUCCAGAACUUGAAUCUCUCUGGGAACAGGCUAACCUCAGUGCCAAACCUCCAAGGGAUGCCUCUGCGAUACCUGAAUCUCGACGGGAACCCUCUGGUGAAGGUCGAGAAAGGAGACUUCAGGGGGCUGAAAGGUCUGAUUCAUUUGUCCCUCAGCAGCCUGCAUGGCCUUGGAGAGUUAUCUCCCUACAGCUUCCAGGAACUCCCAGCCCUCCAAGUCCUGGAUUUGUCCAACAAUCCCAACUUGAAGACGCUGCCUGCUGAAGUCGUCUUGGGUCUGAACUCGCUGCAGGAGCUCAACCUGUCGGGGACGGGCGUGGCAGCCCUGCCAAGGGCUGUGCUGCAGCACCUGCCCUCCAUCAGGAGCAUCAGCCUGGGCAGGGACAUUCGCUGCUUUAAAGCCAUCAGGGAGGGGCAGUACCACCGCCACGCGGGGCUGGCCAGAAAGGAGCUGCUCAGCUGCCACGACGCCCACGGAGCCGUAGUGCCGGCGCCUUACGUCUUGUGAUGGAGGCUGUGGAGGGGGACUGGGGGAGGGAGAGGGGCUGGGAUUUGUACAGCUGUCGGACUGAGAGGGCCUGCAGAGUGCCUUUUGUACAUGGCCCAUAAUUUAUACAUUUCUACAUGCCCACACUCGCUGCUCUCUGCCUGCUGCCAGCUCCUGGCUGCCCGCCCGCGCCCGCCGCCGCCUCCAGGGCUGCCCAGGGCAGCUCCUGCCUCACACACCUGGUGGCCUGAUGGGGACAGCUCACAACAGGAACGCAGGAGGGGUCAGGUCCUCCUUUGGAGGCCCUUUCCAGCCUCUGAUUCUCUGGUUCUCUCUCUGUCUGCCACAAGCAGCUCCCAGCCAAGCUGGCAGCUCCUGGCUGGGACAGAUUCACUCUGGU